UGCAGGGAUACAGUGGCAGGGUGCAGGUCUGGUGCAUGCUGGAUAGUGCACUACAUUCACUGACUGGCUGUUACAUUAACCCUGUAGAUGCAGGGAUAGAGCAGUACGGAGCAUCGCAGUGACAGAGAGAGGUAGGAGUUGGCGUUCUCUUUGGAUAAUUGUAUUCUCCAAGUAAUUAUUAGUUGGGAAAAUGCCCGGCGUGGUGAGUAAGAACACAGAUCUGGAGUUUGACUCCUUGCAGCCUUGCUUCUACCCAGACGAGGAUGAUUUUUAUUUGUGUGGCCCGGAUUCUGCUCCCCCAGGAGAGGACAUAUGGAAGAAGUUUGAACUGCUGCCCACUCCUCCCCUUUCACCCAGCCGAGCAGGGUUGCAGAGUGACCCACUGUCUCCUGGGCAGUGGCCCUUGCUGGAUUAUGGCUUGCCUGCUGAUGGAGAUUCUUUGGACUGGGCUUCAGAGCUUCUGCUGUUGCCACCUGAGACUGAUCUGUUGGGGGGAGCUGGCUGGGGUUUACUACAGGGCACAGAGCUUGGCUUGUCUCCUUGCAACCUAAAGUCUAUCAUCAUUCAGGACUGUAUGUGGAGUGGAUUCUCCGCCAGAGAGAAGCUAGAGAGGGCAGUGAAUGAGAAGCUGGGAAAAAGUGCUGGUGCCACAGAACCUACCAACCUAAACCAGGCUGGCACCCCUGCCACCAGCAACAUAUCAGAACGAGGAGAUGAUUUGACCAACCCUGCCACACACUGUGUGAACCCAGCUGUGGUUUUUCCUUUUCCAGUCAUUAAGGGGGAGAAUGGUAGAGUUGUGCAGGCUGGAUCUUCGAGCAGUAUCGCCCCGUUAUCCCCGAGCAUAUCCACAACCGUGCCUGCUGUUGUGCCAGUAAGGAGCUGCCCUCAGUCCUGCAGGACCAGCUGUAGUUCUGGCUAUGACAGCCGCAGCGAUUCAGAUGAUGAUGAAGAGGAGGAGGAGGAGGAGGAGGAAGAUGAAGAUGAAGAUGAGGAGGAAGAAGAAGAAAUUGAUGUUGUAACAGUAGAGAAAAGGCGGACUUCCUCCAAUAAGUCGAUGACAUCACUCACGAUUACCGUACGAGCGAAGAACGCCAACCUUGCUACAGCAAAGACCACACAAGGGGAAGUGAUCCUCAAGAGAUGUGCCCCAGUUCAUCAACAACACAAUUACGCUGCUCCCUCACCAUACGUAGAACCCGAGGAGGUAGCCCCGCCUCAAAAGAAGCCGAAAAAUGAGGUGACUCGUACAGUGAAGAGCGUAAUACCACCAAAGUCUAAAAGCUCUAGUCCUCGCAACUAUGACUCAGAAGACAGCGAGCGAAGGCGGAACCACAAUAUCCUAGAACGCCAGCGCCGUAAUGACUUGAGGUCAAGCUUUCUAACACUAAGGGACCACGUACCAGAACUUGCUAAAAAUGACAAGGCAGCUAAAGUGGUCAUCUUGAAAAAAGCCACUGAAUAUGUUCAUUCACUUCAGGCUGAUGAGCAGAAAUUAUUGCAGGAAAAAGAAAACUUGCAAAUGCGACAGCAACAGUUACUCAAGAAAAUGGAAAAGGCUCGGACUUGCUAAGCUUUUCUAUUUUUUAUUCUCAUUUUUUUGUUUUGUUUUCUCCUGUAAACGAACUGUCACUGCCACUUUGCACAUUUUUUGAAUCUUUAAAACAAAAGGCGUUUCCAUGUUCCUGAAUGUUGGUUUUAUUUCAAUUCAACUCACUCCGCAGUGUGUGUAUAUAUAUUUUUU